AUGGACCCGGAGAGGCAUCCCGAGUCACCACACCAUGGCCAUGACAGUGGUGAGGAAGCCGAGCGCGUGCCGGAGGUGAAGAAGCCGCGCCGAUUGCCCGCCGACCUUCCCACGUCCCUCGACGAUCGAAGGCAUCAGCGCGACGAGUAUGUAGGCCAAGAGACCGAAUACUAUGAUGCAUGGCAAGGUCAAUCGCAAUUCCUGAGCGCACCUACAGUCGCAAAACCCCUCAACUUCAACCUCUCACUGAACGAGCCCGACGACGAUUUUGAUCGAAACUUUGGCCACGAUGACGUACGAGUCGCGCAAAUGCUGUCUGCUUCGGCACUGAGUUCAGGCAACAACAUAGCAGAGACCGAGGAGGAUGAGGUGUUAGCAGACGAGAGUCUGUCACGCCAGCAGAAAGCACAAGCCCUGCAGGACUUUCUGUUUCUCGCAGCAAGCAAUGGCGAUGUGGAGAGAGUCAGGCGCUUGGUACGAGGCGAAGCAUCAGACUUGCUAGACAUUGACGCUGCCGAUGCCGAAGGCACGCCACCUCUGAUUUAUGCAGCCUGCUUCGGUCACAAGGACGUGGUCGUAUCACUAUUGAAUGCAGGCGCGAGCGUUGAUAAUCAGGACAAGAAUCAAUGGACGGCUUUGAUGUGGGCCAUCACGAACAGGCACCAGGGUAUUGCGCAGCUACUGUUGGAUCAUGGCGCUUCGACAGAGCUGAAAUCUUCAAGUGGUAGGACUGCUCUUGAUUUCGUGCCGCCGGGCACCGUCAUGUCGGAAUUUCUGAAGCACAAUGGCUACAGCAUUGGCAAUGCCGGCGUCACAGAUGACUUCUAUAGUGCUGGAUUCUCUCAAGAUCGAUUUGAAGAGGAACUGGCAGAGAGCGAGCAGCGAAGACGCAUGAUGAUGGAGAGCGCAAUUAAUCUGGAAGUCGAUCUUGGCAACCUGGGCUUGGACGAGGCGCCAGAUUCGCCAGAUGACUUUGACGACGACGCCCAGGAAUUCAUCUGGGACCGAUGUUUGAACGACCAAAUGUUCGUCUUUAUGGAAAGCGACAUCGAGCGAAUACAGGAUUUCCUAAUCACACAGAUGACACCGCAACGAUCAGCUUCCCAGAAACCCGUCCCCGCGAACAUCGUCUUUCUCGGCGCUCGAUACGCACAUUACCACUCUAGCUGCGAAUUGCUCACGGAUUGGCUUGAGUCUGCUCAAGACAAGAUUUAUGCCGUCGUUGAUCGAAAUCCAUGGGACAUGACUAUCUUGGCAUUCUGGCUGUCGAACGCCACGUUGCUUUUGUACUACCUGAAGAAAGAUACUGGUCUCACUGAAGUGACGACACAAUUCCCAGCCCAGAUGGCGGAACUCGUCCAUGAAAUCUACAUCCUCAUCAUCCGAGAUGCGGAGCGUCGCAUGGAUAAAGUCCUCGACUCCGCCAUGCUCGAUCAUGAAACCAUUCCUGGCUUCGAAGAUGUCUCGUUUCAAAACGAGUGGAAAUUCCUCAAGAAGAAGUCAACCGUCAAACCAGAGCCGAUGGAGAAGCGAUUCGGGCCUCCAUCACCCAAACGAAAAGCACAGAUCUCGCCGCGGAAUAUCACAUCUCUGCUCGCAUCAACGCUCUUCGUACUAGAUCUCUACGACGUCCAUUCAGUCAUCGUCUCGCAGAUACUAUCACAGUUGUACUACUGGCUGGGCGCCGAGAUCUUCAAUCGAAUAAUGUCCAACAAGAGGUACUUGGCACGCACCAAAGCUAUGCAGAUUCGCAUGAAUAUAUCAAUGCUGGAGGAUUGGGCACGCACGAACAAUAAGCAGCCAGAGCACCAUGAGAACGGUCACACAACCUCGAGCGGCGAGUCGACGAUCGACGCAGCACGACGACACUUGGCGCCUGUUGUGCAACUUCUACAAUGGUUGCAGUGUUUCUCGUCAAUCGGGGAAGAUCGUGAAGCAAUGGAAACUACAAUACAGCAACUGCCCUCGCUUUCCUCUAUGCAGCUGUUACACGCGGUGAAGCACUAUCGUGCAGAAGUCGGCGAGAAAGGCUUGAGCAGACCGACUUUGCGAUUUAUACAAGAGGUCAAAAGCAGGCCGAGAGCGCUUAGUACACAGCCUCAGUCUGGCAACAACAAGGACCUACCUUCAACGCCGACCGCGCCUGGAGCUCAGAACCCCAACGGCAAAUCGACACCUGUGCCACCGGGUACUCCCUCUCUUGACGAAGACGACCAGCCAGAGAGCAAUCUUAUGAACCCAGCAUUAUUGCUGCCAUUUCACCUGCCAACUUCGACAGACAUGCUUGUGAGCUACGGCUCGGGAAUCGGAGGUAUGAACAAGACGCAAGAACGAAAAUACAUUCCCACGGUGCCGCCGGAUUUCUUCGACAAGUUGGAUCCUGGCAGGACAAGGCAUAGCGUCUACGCAAAUGCUAGUCUAGACGACAGCUCUUGAUGAAAGCAAUCGCUCAAUGUACCUCAAUUUCGUACG